UUUAUUAAAAAAGGUUUUUAAGAAGAGAAAAAAGCAAUUAAGUUGAGUUAAGAAGCUGCUCUCCAAACUGCGCGGUUCGAUUCGGUUUAGAAAAUCUAUGAACUUCGGUAAAUGUGUUAUGCUUACUGAGCUCCUCCAGGAAUUUGGGUAUUUCAACUUAGUACCAUACAUUAUAUAAUAGAAUUUACACUAACUAUAAUUUCGACAAUGUCUAAACAUUUCGUUGUGAAAUUCGGAUAAACUUUUGGGUAAACUCAUGCAUAACUCAAAUCAAAGAUAAUUUCUUUUUCUUCCCAUCUCUGAUUAUCUCAAGUCUUUCUUGCAGUCAUGCGUCUUUUGCUGCUGACUUCGCUGCUGGCGUUGCUGGAAUGGGAACAGGUGCGUGGUGAGGAUUACUGCUUUAAAACGGACCCCAAACGUCCGCAGACACUCGAAUUUGGAUCAAAGAGCGACUAUAAUCGUGUCAGGGGUGACGAUGCCGGUAAAUUCAAUGUUCCCGGGUGCAAGGCCCCGAAGAUGUGGAUAUACCACAGACAUGGCACACGAUUCAUGGAAAAAGACGAUAUCGGGAAGUCCAAACGCCUCGGCGAGUUACGUGAUUUGAUUAAGUGUCGAAAUAAAAAUAAGAUGAUAACGCCGAAUAGCUUGUGUGAUGAGGAUUUAAUUGGCAUUAAGGAGUGGAGAUGGAACGCUAGUUAUACCGUCGAUCUUGAUUUGCGCAUUUCUGCUAAACGCUAUCAGACAUAUUUUCCCGACUUGUUGCCCAGAAAAUACAACAGUACUUAUUAUCGGUUCGGUCACACUGAUACUCAUCGCACGAAUGCGAGUUUUAAGGCUUUUGCUGGUAGUUGGUUUGAUAAUAGCACUGGAGUUUCAGCAAACAUUUCGAAUGAACUCCUUCUUGCAUACAAAAAUUGCGAAGAUUACUUCGACAAACUACAUAUGUUAGAUGAUGGUUCAGAGUUCAUGAUGUUUAUCAGAGGUGCAAUUUAUAAUAAUACCAUUGAAAAUAUUAAGAAGCGUUUGAACUUAACUAAGCUGUAUAAAGAUGACAUUAACCUGAUGUACAAGAUGUGCCGCUUUGAGCUGGCUUUGAAACCGAAAGAAAACAGUGUCUGGUGUGCAGUCUUUAAGCCUGAGGAAGUGACCGUGCUGAACUAUGCCGAGGAGCUCAAGAAUUACUAUGGCUCGGGCUAUGGUUUAAAUGCGAGUGAAAAAUUAAAUUGCCUUGUCGUGCAGGACUUGCUGACGGUUCUCAACAGCACUGUGUCACCAAAUGUGGUCGCUUACUUUGCGGAUUCGCUUGGUCUGCAGAUGCUUCUUGUGUCGCUGGGCAUUGCCAAGGAUAAUGAUACACUACGUGCGGACAACUUCGAAAAGAUGGCAAAUCGUAAAUGGAAAUUAAGUGAGCUCGUUCCAUUUGGGGCCAAUUUUGUGGCCGUGAAAUACAAUUGUAAUGAAGCGGCAGAUAACGUGACUGAGAAGGCUGUGUUCUUCCUGAAUGAGAAAGCUUUAGAGUUCGAAGGGUGCAAAAAGGGUCUGUGUAACUGGUCGGAUGUUUUGAAACGCUACAAACACUUUUCGGAUGCCAAUUGUAAGGAAUUCUAUUGUAAGGAGGAAAAACCAAAGAUGACGCGGAAAGAAUUCAAAGAAAAAGAAUACGAAGAAGAAUACGAAGAAUACGAUGUAUACAUAGAUGAUGAUGAAUGCAAUGCAAUCGCAGGCGACCCAGAAGGAGAAGAACAAACACAAAUAAUAAAAGAAGAAGAAAACAAAAAAAAGGAAGAAAAAAAAGAAAAAGAAGCUCUCCAUACUUAUUUUGAAACGGCGGUGUUUACCAUUAAUGGUGGAGAGAUUAUUGCCCCGUUGAUGGUUACUACUCUAUUGACUGUUAUUGUGAGACAGUUGCUUUAGUUUUCUAAUCUUGUAAUGUAUAACGUCCGUAUUAAAAUAAAUGCGACAUAUGCAAACAUUCUAAUUUUGAUAAUUUCAUAAGUUCAAAAAUCAAACUCAAAUUC